AAUCACAAACAAAUCAACAACCUUUUAUUGUUGGAUUAGGUAAUAACGAUAUGACAACAAUUAAUGCUGAACAAACUUUUCCAAAUUUGUUCUUUCAAUUGCCAGAUAUUUCUUUUAGUAAUGUUCAUGCUAAAGUUAACUACCGCCAAGCUUAUGUUAUGAUUAAUGGAUUUUUUAUUAGCAAGUACACACCAAAAGGUAAAGAAAAAGUUGUCCAGAAAAGGAAUAAAAGUCAGCAAGAAGAUGAAGAUGAAAUAUCAAAUUCAAGUUCUA